UUCCCAGGUUCGACGGAUUUCAUGAUAAUUUAAAUUCCGGUAGAAAAAAAACGAUACAAUUUUUCCGGAGUUCUAAACAUCACUUCUCUUUCCCAGGUUUGGUACUAUUCCUAGAAGAAGACCAUUACGUCGCAGAAGAUUUCUUACACAUUCUGAGUCUUUUGAAAAGUACUGCGGACAAGAGCUGUCCGCAAUGUGAAAUAAUAUCGCUCGGAACUUAUUUAAAAACGUAUCAAUACCACGCUAACAGCGAUAAGCGUAAAAAACAACUCAGCCUAAACUACAUUCAACACGUGAAGACAGCCAGCGAAGAGAGGAGAAAGAGACAGCAAGAGACCCAGUGGAACUUCCAAGUUUACCCCAAUCUGUAUGCCAGCACGCAAAAGCUGGAGAUUACGCCGUGGCACUCCAGCAUGCAUAACAUGGGUUUCGGCUUCAAUAGAACAGUAUGGCGGAAUAUAAUGGAACUCCAGGACCAGUUUUGUGCCUACGAUGACUACAAUUGGGAUUACUCGUUAUUACAUUUGUCCCAGAAUAGGCCUGGACGGGAGAAGUUCAAAGUUAUACUGUGUAAGGGCCCUAGGGUGUUCCAUAUUGGGGAAUGCGGUUUCCACCACAAAAAGGCCAACUGCAACGCCUCGUCAGUAAUCAGUAGAGUUCAAAAGCUGCUGCAGAACGCCAAGCCCUACCUCUAUCCUACAAGAGUGACAGCCACCUUUACAACAGGAGGGGCGAAGCAUAACAAGAAACUGACUAAGGGGAACGGCGGGUGGGGUGAUAUUAGGGAUCAAGAGCUGUGCGCUAAUAUGACAAGAAUAGGUAGACAACAAAGAAAAUAUAUGUACAACACAUAAUGUUAUUCCCGCUUCGUAACGGUUCCAAAUACGCUUAAAACCUUUAAUAAUAUGGGGGAAAUAAGGUGGGACAAGGUUAUAGUCUGACCAGGAGAAUAAAAACCCUUAUCGAACUAAUUUGUUUUACUGACAACGUUUAAACAGUAUUGGCCGUUUAAUAAGUAAUAUUUUUUUUAGGUUAGUGCGGUUCAAAAUAAUAUGAAAAUUUUUUUGUUUAAAAAAAAUUUAUUAAUGUACGUACUAAUUGUCAAUGAAGAAAAUAAUGUUUUUUUUUUUUUUUUAAAUAAAAAAGAAAUACUUCUGGCAGUCGUAAAAAAAACUGUCCCCAUAAUUUUUUCAAUUUUUUUUUUCUGCUUCUGGGGGGCCUUGGACCACGCCAGAUCCGUCCUAAGUUAAACGUAUUAAUAGUAUACAGUGUUAGAUAGCAAAGAUUGUUUUCGUUUCGUGGGUCACAUCCCAAUGUAGUUUAAUAAACUUGUCCAUUGUGGGUCAUGGUCCCCCAGAAUUAUAUUUAAAACUUUACUUAAAGAUACAUGGAAAUUUUAAACAAAAAGACAGUAUGAAUAUGGUUAUCUAUAAUUAUUAUGAAAGAUGGAUGCAAUCGACUUUUAAACGUAAAAUCAGUUUGGAUUUAUGGACACUACAAUAAAAAAAAACUGAAAAAACACGAAAAAUCCAGACAAAUUCGAUAAAAUCAGUUUAGUAAUUUAGUUUGUACGAAUUCACGUAUAGGUUAUAACUUACCGAAGUGAAAUUAUUGCUAAUAAUUUGGACCGCACUGCAUCUAACGCAUUAAAAUAUAAUCGUGGGGUCAACCCCACUUGUAGGGUCAACCCCAAAGUUCAUACCAAAUCAUUUUAAGCGUAGUUUGGAACUGUAAAUAUAGCUUUAAGACAAUAGUUGUUCAUUUGUAUUAUAGUAAAUUAAUUGUUGUAUUUAUGAGGUGCUGUUACCAUGGUUUCUUUAGGGUUGUCAAUUCACGUAAAUAAACCGUGAAACUGGACUCUAUUGCCAGAGAGGACAAUAUUAUGUCGUGUUUUUCUAAUAAGAUUGGUCAGAACUUUAAAGUUAAGAGCCCAGUGUUAGCUAUUCAAAAUCAGUGUAUAAUUCAAUAAAUAAAUCUAUGAAUGUUGUAA